AUGAUGCAGAUCCCCCCCCAUCCGUCACCUCCUCCGCCACCACCUCCAACACAACCACACGGCAACGGCAACGGCAACGGCAACGGCAACGGCAACGGCAACGGCAACGGCAACGGCAACGGCAACGGCAACGGCAGCGACAGCGACAGCGACAGCGGCAGUGACUGCGGCAGUGACAGCGGCAGCUCGGCAUCCUUUCCCCAACACAGCAAGGACCACGUCGUGCCGGGCCAGUGCAAAGUCACAGCCUUCUUCUUCGAGGUGCCCCUCGACUACGAGAACCCCUCGGCCGGGUCCAUCCAGCUCUACGCCCGGCGCGUCGCCAAGAAUGAGAGGCCCCUCUUCCCACCCGACGACGACGACGACGACGACGACGACGACGACGACGCCCACAACGACGCCCACGCCCACGCCCACGCCCACGCUCGCGGCAGCAUCAAACCCUACAUGGUCUAUCUCGAGGGCGGCCCCGGAUUCGGCCACCGCUCGCCCUCGGACCACCCCGUCACGCGCGCCGCCCUCCCCCGCGGCUACCAGGUCCUGUUCAUCGACUACCGCGGGACCGGCCUCAGCACGCCCGUUUCCGCCGCCAUGCUUGCCCAGGUCGGCGACGCCGACGCCCAGGCCAGGUACCUGCGCCUGAUGCGCCAGGACAACUCGGUCCGCGACUGCGAAGCCGUGCGCAGGUGCCUGACGGCCGCCUGGCCCAGCCGCAAGGCCGCCUGGUCCCUCUUUGGCCAGUCGUACGGAGGCUUCGUGAGCUUGUCCUACCUUUGCAUGCACCCGGAGGGCCUGCGCGAGGUCUUCCUCACCGGCGGCCUGGCCCCCGUGGGCAAGACGCCAGAUCAGGUCUACGACGCCACCUUUCGCAAGACGGCCGAGCGAAACCAACAGUACUUUGCCAAGUUCCCCCAAGACGCCCGUGUUCUUCGGGACGUCGCCGCCUACAUCGAGAGCCGGGGCGGCAGGAUCCCCCUCCCCGCCGGCGGCUUCCUGACCGUCGCUCGCCUCCUGACCAUGGGCAUCGCGUUUGGUGGCCACGGUGGUUUCGACAAUGUCCACGACACCCUCGCAGCGCUGGAGACGUCGCUGCGUCAGUUUGGCUUCCUGACCCGUGCCUCCUUGGCAUCUCUGGAGUCCUUUACCCCCUUUGACACCAACAUCAUCUACGCCAUCCUCCACGAAGCCAUCUACUGUGACGGGCCCGGCAACGCCUCCAACUGGGCAGCUGAGCGGGUCGGCAGAGCUCGUGCGCCCGGUCCGUUUUCCUGGCUCCAUCCCGACUUCUCGCUGGCGCAAUCCCCCGGGCCGCUCUAUUUCAGCGGCGAGAUGAUCUUCCCCUUUCACUUCGAGACCUAUCCGGAGUUGAUCCCCCUGCGUCAAGUGGCAGAGAAACUCGCCGCUUAUACCGACUGGCCCGCGCUGUACGACCAGGACCGCCUGCGCAACAACAGCGUCCCUCUCUACGCCGCGUCCUACGUCGAGGACAUGUACGUAGACUACCGUUUGGCCAGGGAAACGUCCACCCUGGUCAAGGGAAGCAAGGUUUUUGAGACCAAUGUCAUGUAUCACAACGCUGUCCGCGCCAAGGCCGACGAGGUGAUGCAACAGCUCUUCAGCCUGCGAGACGAUGAACUGGACUAG